AGGGAGCCUAAACAGAGGCUAGAGGAACUGUGAUGCAGAGGCUUGGACGGGAUUCCCUCUCUGGGUCCAAUGAUAGACCUCCAUGGCCAGCCCUGACACUCCAUGAAGAUUAUCUGGCAUUGGUGGUCUUGAACACCUAUUAAUCUUAUUUUCUGGAACCUCGUCCGCGCACUGUUGCAGUAAGAAGGCGGCGGGGCGCUCUCGGCACAACUCCCGAGACACGUCCUGCGAGCGGAACCCGGGUUCAGUGGCUGACGAGGGCGCCCGGAGGGUUUUCGCAGGACUCCAGACCUAGCGACGCGCACUUCGUUGCUAAGGGCUGAGGCGCGGAGGCUGCGGAGCCUGGAGGCUGUGGACGCCGUAGGGUUCGGCGUCCUCGUUGGGCCUCAGCUCCCGGCCCGGCCGGCCCUCCGAGAUUAGGAAGUGGCUGCCUGAACUAUUUUCCAAAGGAUAAUUUUACAAAGCAGCAGGUCACCAAGUUUACAAAGUUUACAGCUUUACAAAUACGGCAGCUCACCAAGAAGAUCCUACUGGUUUGGGCGGCACACAACUUCCAGCAGCCACAAGGGAUGCUGCUACUCAGGUGCCAUCCGAAACGAGCUCUUCCCCAGAAGGUCUCGUGCAGGUUCUGUCCAGUGAUGGGGAAACUGCAGAGCAAAUUCAGACACAGCACUUACAGAUACGGGCCAGAUGGAUUUAUCGAAGAGAGGAUUCAAACUAAAGCCUUUCAAGAGUAUAGCCCGGCUCACGUGGAUACCGUCUCUGUUGUUGCUGCUCUGAACUCAGACCUCUGUGUCUCCGGAGGAAAAGAUAAGACAGUUGUGGCCUAUAACUGGAGAACUGGAAAUGCGGUGAAAAGGUUCAAAGGACAUGAGCGUGAAAUCACCAAGAUAGCGUGUAUUUACAAAUCAAGCCAGUUCUUCAGCGCCUCUCGUGAUAAGAUGGUCAUGAUGUGGGACUUGCAGAACUCCUCACAGCCAAGACAGCAGUUCUCUGGCCACACCAUGGUGGUCACUGGGCUGACCGUGAGUCCAGAUUCAUCACAACUGUGUACUGGCUCCCGUGACAACACCCUGCUCUUGUGGGAUGUGGGGACUGGACGGUGUGCAGAGAGCGCUUCAGUCUCCAGGAACCUGGUCACUCACUUGUGCUGGGUCCCCCAAGAACCUUACGUACUCCAGACCUCCGAGGAUAAAACCAUCAGACUGUGGGACAGUCGGGGGCUGCAGGUAGCUCAUACAUUUCCCACCCAGCAGCACAUCCAGACGCACUGCGCGGUCAGUGAGGACGGACACAAGUGUGUCUCCUGCAGCAGCGGCUUUGGAGGGGAAGGCUGUGAAGCCACGCUGUGGGACCUAAGGCAGACACGGAACAGAAUCUGUGAGUACAGGGGGCACUUCCAGACCGUUGCGUCCUGUAUCUUUCUACCCAGAGCUCUAGCCUCGAUGCCUGCAGUUGCUACCUCAUCACAUGACUGCAAGGUGAAGAUCUGGAAUCAAGACACUGGAGCCUGCCUUUUCACCUUGUCUCUGGAUGGAUCAGGACCUUUGACUUCCCUGGCGAUGGCCGACACCAUCUCCUUAUUGUGUGCGAGUUUCAGCAGAGGAAUUCACUUACUCAGGGUGGACCACAGCCGAGGGCUGGAACUGCGGGAAGUGGCGGCAUUCUGAGGCCAAGAGACCUUCACUGGACAAGAGCAAACUGUGGCUCCUUCUUUCUCAGUGUGACUUUGUGUUUUUUCAUGUUCUCUUGAGGGGAGGGUGAUGUGGAGCUGAUGUUUUUUGCUUAGGUUUCCUUGGAAGAUAUGUCAGUGUUAGAAGUCAGUUUAAGUCAAAAUCAGGUGUAGAGAUUAGUAAUAUGGACUCAAAUAUGGUUCUCAAUUGAAAUUAAAUCCAAGUACAAGUUUUAGUGAGCUUUGGGGACUACUGUUUAAGAAAAAUGAGUUUAUGGGCCUUUGCCUUUUGAGAUGGCCCACACUCUUGUCUGUGGAGUGUUUCUCCCAAGGCCAUCUUACCUUCUGAGAUGUACUGCAUUUUGUUCAUGGAAUGUGUGUCUUUCUUAAAAAAAAAAAAAAAAAAAAAGGUUUAUAGCUCAGAAUGAUGGAUGUGGAUGGAUGUGGAUGUAAGAGUGAGAGUCAGAACACAGGUCUGAGUCUACUGAACUGACCUUUUCCAUGUCUCCAGAAAAGAAAAGAGUAUAGUGGAGAGAGAAACCGUUGUGGUUGCCUCACAGUUAUCUAGGUGGGAAAGGUUAGUGCAGCUCCGUGGAAGAAACGGAUUGCAGACAUGAGGUUAAGCUCUAAUCACAGCCCCUUCCUUCCCAGAAGAAUCAAAGUUAGGGCAAGGAAGCAAAGCCACAGGGCGAGCGCUGCAUGAGCGGGAGACCUGAGAUGGCGGGCAAAGAGGCUGGCCGCCACAGUGCCUCGCCCGGAGUUAGACGGAUUUUCAAACCCAUUCCACGGAGGAGGGAGGGGAGAGAUGAAGGCUAAGAAGAAUUUCAUUUGUGUGUUUUAAUAUUUUUACUUAGUUUUAUAUAAUCCUUCCUGGGAAAUGGCCAGAGCGAGGCAAAGGGAAUGUCUGCAAUGACAUUGGAACACAUAGAAGUAGAAAAAUGGGCUCAGCCGUGCCAGCCACCGAGCCCCCGUCGGUGAAGAGGAGCAGACUACUCCCGUCUGUCUGGGUGGUUCCCAGGAGAUGGGUCCCGAGCCUGGUGGUCACAAGCCUGCUUUCCUCCAGGGAAAGGAGACUCACUCCUGCCUCCAGGCAAGCCCACACACAAGGCAACUGAGGCCUGGAAAGUCCCUUUCUGAUGAGUCCCACAGAGUCCUGUCUGGCCCCCUGCCUGUCUCUGAUACCAGCCGCUGGCAACCUUCUUCCAUGUCCCCCUCUCGCUCCUCUUUGGGGCCAGCUCCCCCAUGCUGUCUCCAGCCACUGGAGAGGAGCAUCUUAAGCUGAUGAUGCAAAGCAUCCAUCAGACCCAGGUUGGACCCUCCAUUUCCCCAUUCAGCUGGAUGAUCUUAGGAAAGUUGUAAAACCCCAGUUUCCUCACUUAGAAGAUGGAGCUCAUAAUCCUACUUUGCUCACAGGGCUGUUUUGAGAAUUGGACCAUGUUAAAUGCCAGGCAAGCUGUGGGAUGCUUACAGUUGGCAGCCCCGGCUCCUCGCUGCCCUCUCUGCCCAGACUAAAUGCUGUCCCUCCCAUGUGACACGUUCACCACUCCUUCACCCGUCCUCCUUAGAUCGUGACUUCUAACCCUUCGGUCAUUGUUCGGCUUCCCUGUGAUCCCUUAAGUUACAGAUCUUUGAGCCCUAGAAGGACGUGGUGAGAGAGGAAGCUGCCUCACUGAGCGCCAACAGGAGGCUGAGCGCACAUAUUCCCACGUGGUUCUUAGUACCCUGUCACAGAUGAGGAAACUGAGGCCUGGGGACAUGCAGUCCUCUGCCCGAGGUUAUACACGUGGGGAGGAAGGGGAGGAGCCCUUUGCCUCACCCCUUAGCCUCUGCAUGAUGUCACAAAGUCCACUUCAGAAAUUCUUAGACCAUGACAUUGUUUGUAUCUUUUCUAGACCAGUUAUCAACUUUUUGGCUCCAAAGAGAUCCUCCUGACAAGGGGCCUGGGAGUAGUAGACAGGUGUCUCAGGGAAAGUCCUAGCGAGUCUUAAACUAUUAGUGCUACAACUGAGCCUUUUUUCCUAGGAAGAAGAGAAUCUAAGGGAGUGGGUUGGGAGGGGGUCCCAGGGAAGACUGAGGAAAUUAAAGGGCUCUGACAAGCCCAGUUCUAUUACCAGUUAAAUCGUUUCCCUACACUCUACACCUGCUUGAUGUAAAAAUUCCUUAUCUGUGCAUUUUAAGUAGAAAAUAGAUUCAUAAAUGCACAUGUUUUUAUAAGAUUUUUCAGUCUUUUAUGCCCUAAUGCAUUCAUUUGGUCAUCAAACAUCUCAUUUUAGAGGCUAUUCCUCUAAAAUCACAUAAGGGAAUCUUCCAAAGACAACUUUUUUUUUCUUUUUUGGCCAUACCACACACAUGGCAUUCGGAAUCUUGGAUCCCUCACCAGGGAUAAAACCCAUGUCCCCUGCAGUUGAACUAUGGAGGCUUAACCACUGGACUACCAGAAAAGUCCAGCUUUUUUCUAUGAAAGUAUUUAAGCCCUUGGAAUCUGGCCAAUUAUAUUGUAAUUUUUUUUAAUUCAUAUAUUUACUUGUAUAAGUUGAAAAUAUUUAUAUAUUAAUAUUGAAUGAAAAUGCAUAGUGAUUAUUAACCACCUUUUAAAAAUAUUUAUUUGUUUUUUGUGGUGGCUUAAACUAUCUUAUGAGGUGAGGACCUUUAUUUUUUCUAAAAGGUUAAAAAUAACCUGGAAAAGGGUGUUUUCUUUAAAAUAGCUACCUGCAAGUAUUGUGAUGCAGUGAACAUCUUUGGUAUCCCCACAGUAUCGGACAAGUCCUGAUUAUCACUGACUUCCUGAACAAUGAUUAUUAAAGAAGGUUCCUGAAGAAUUCUGAGUUUACAGUCACCAAAACAGAGAUAAUAUCUGAUCUUUCAGGACAGCAGCAGAACUGUGCCUUCAGAUGUGUGUUUUCAACAUUGGUAUUGAGAGAGAUUGUUUUCAGUCUAUAAGGACCUUUGUUUUGAUACAGGAAUUGCAAGUAUAGAACUCAAGUCAUUGGUUUGUUGUUUUUUUUUUAAUAUUUUAAUGCUGAGAAAAAGGAACUUAGAUUUUUCUGAUUGGUCUUUUGAAAGAAUAAUUAUUAAACAGCAGUUUCAUCAUCAAAAACACAGCGGAGUGCUAGCUGUUCCUGAAAUGGGCGCUUCUUGGCACGGGGUUUGCAGCUAAGAUAGCAUUCCCAGCUAGGCAUGGCCAUGAGAAUAAGCUGGUGUCAGUGGAUUGGGAGUGGCAGUGAUGUGUGUGUGUAACUUCCACCUUAUAAGCACAAAAGGCACAUGUUUGUCCAGGACUUCCCCUCUGGGCCCCUUCCCCCUAGGUGUGAUGCAGACUGCCAGGAGUAGCUUCAACUAUUCGGAUAAGGAUAGGAUGGGACAGCAAGAAAGGAGGAACCAGGGCCCCAGAUAACUUCCAGGAGCUGAUCUGUUCCAACAGCCUGACUAGCUGAACUUUGACUUGAAAGAGAACGUCAUUCUCUUUAAGUCACUGUAUAUGUAUAUAUAUUUAAAUUUUUUUAGCCAUCAAAAAAACUCAUCAAGUUUAGCCAUCACAAAAUUUCAAAUGUCUUAAAUUUACAGCUGGUUGAAUUUUCAUGAACUGAACACAUGCUGGUAACCUAGAUGAAUGAGUAUGAUGCAUCCAGGGACCCAGAUGGCCUCCCACAUACACCCCUCCAGAAGUAUCUGCUCAGGAAUUUGUCACAACGUAAACUGGCUUUGUCUGCUUUCUACUUGAUAUAAAAUCGUAUUGUAGUAGAUGGAAGAUAUGGCCACAAAUUUCUCCCAUCCCUGUACGUGUGACCCUUUGCCAACUAACUUAUCACUAAUCAGCCAGUUCACUUCAGCUCAGUCGCUCGGUCGUGUCCGACUCACUGCAACCCCAUAGCUGCAGCACACCAGGCCACCCUGUUCAUCACCAACUCCUGGAGUUUAUUCAAACUCAUGUCCA